ACUUCAAAUUGCAGAGCAACUUACGGUCAACUUAACCGAAACUUUUGCUUUUUAAACUCUUUCCGUUUUUGCUGCCGAUUCCGGACGAGAUCGACGGCAAAUUUCAGUUCGAAUGACUAUCUGGGUAUAGUAAAAUUUUUAACGAUCUAGUCUUACUUGCAGACUGAUUAAUAUUGUUUAAAGUGUAAAUUCAUAAUAAAUUUUUGGAAACUUGUGAAUGUGAAUUUGAGCGAAGAAUAUCCCAAAGCUUACUUUUUUUUUGUUUGUUAUAACCACAACAAUAAACAACAUUGUAUUAGCAGAACCAGUUCAUGAUGCAAGAGUUAUUAUUGUUGGGUCAGGAGCAGCAGGUAUAGCCGCAGCGUCGAAAUUGCUUCAAAAUGGCUUUACUGAUGUCAAAAUUAUUGAAGCUGAGAACCGAAUUGGUGGUCGGCUUUGGGCAGUUAAAAUCGAAUGGAAGAAUACUUCAAAAGAUUGCCAGAGGUUACAGAUGACAUGAAGAAUUUGAUUUUGUAUCUUUUUAACUUGGUACAAGGAUCUUCUGAUGGCUCUGAUGAUUGGACGAAACUUUCACCUAAGAUGCCAAGAGAUUACCCAGUUUGUAAAGGCGAUUUUUCGAUUAAUUGGAAAGAGUCCACUUAUACUACAAUAUUGGAUAUCCUGAUGAAGAAAUAUCCGAAUCCGACAGAAGAACUACCAGUUUUGAAUAAUACGAUUUUAAAUUCAAAAGUUGUUAAAAUAAAUUAUGAUUCAUCAGAUGCACCAGUUGAAAUAACUACUGAAGAGGGUAAAAAAUAUUUAGCUGAUCAUAUUAUUGUAACGCUGUCUUUAGGAGUUUUAAAAGCUGAUUAUAAAAAAUUGUUCAAUCCACCUUUACCAGAUAAAAAAAUUAAUGCUAUUCAAAAUGACAGUAAAAUUAACUUGGAUGUGAAAAUAGAAGACAAAAUGAAACUAUCCCAAGAAGUUGAAAACAUAAAUUACACGAACCCAAAUGAAAUAAUUGUAACGACAGCUGAUGGCAACAAUUACACGACAUCAAAUGUAAUUAUAACGAUGUCGCUGGGUGUUUUGAAAAAUUGUCAUGAAAAAUUAUUCAACUCAUUCACUUUCUGUUCGAAAACAUGCAGUUGUUCGGCUAGAACCGAAAUGCAAAUUAAAAUCAAGCUUAUAGCCAACCCUUUUACUACAACUUUACUGAAAGAACUUACACUUAAGUCUUGACUUCAAAUUGCAGAGCAACUUACGGUCAACUUAACCGAAACUUUUGCUUUUUAAACUCUUUCCGUUUUUGCUGCCGAUUCCGGACGAGAUCGACGGCAAAUUUCAGUUCAAAUGGCUAUCUGGGUAUAGUAAAAUUUUUAACGAUCCGUUGAUAAUUUUGUAAAAUUAUAGACGGUAAGAAACAACAAUGCUUAAGGUAGUUCACUCACCAAAUGUAGUUGGUGCUAUUUCUUUCCUUUUCACUCGCUAGUGCUGCCUUUCUCACAGAUUAUCUCUCAUUCGCUUUUACUAAUGAUUAUUUUUAUUUAACUAGCCAGUUUAUUAAUAAUUUAUAAAAAAAUACACGGUCAAUAUUUUCAAAAUUUCUUUGGGUUAUUUAAAGUAUAUUAUUCUAACAGUUAUCAAUUUUUUGAAACGAUCGUAAAAUUUUUUCAAUGCAAUAAUCAUAAAUAUUUGUGAUUUUAUCAUUCUCCAUCCAUACUGCCUGCGCUAAAAUGUCAUUUUUAAUUACAAUUAUCUCAUUUCUGGUACGUUCAAUUGAUUUUAAAUUUCAACAGCACAUGUAAUGCGUAUUUUAUUACCCAUAUUUCAAAUCUCGAAAACUUAAAAUUUUGCAUUUA